CAUUCUCUUAUGGACCUGGCCGCUCUCAGGCUUCUCUCUGCUUAUACCUUCUUAAAGCUUAAGUCUUAAAUUCUUAUUGUAGACGACUAGUCUGAAUUAUUUGGCGCAGUACCAGCAGGAACACAACAAAUUUCUCAUAACCUUUAUUUUAUUCUAACCUAAAAAUCAUUAAAAAUACAUAGUGCAAUGCCGAGAGUCUGAACGCAAACUGUAUAGCACAUUAAACAAAAAAAAAAAAAAAAAGAAAAUAGUGCAGGCUAACACAAAAAAAAAAGAAUUUCGUCGCUAUCAUGAACAAAAUAUACAGUUUUAAAAGAAUAUUGACACAAUUACGACCUCUCAAUGGUCUGAGAACGAACUUUGUUGAGAGCAAUGCGAGAUAUCUCAGUUCCGACAAAAAUUCAGAAGUAGAAACUAAAGAUUCGUCAAAUGCAGAAUCUGACAAGAUUGAAAAUGAAGUAAAGGCGGAAACAUCGAAAAUCGAGCCAAAGCGGAGUGGUUUUGCACAAAGUUAUGAAAAAUUUACGCAUCUUGAUGACAAACAACCUCAGGAAGCACCUCAAACGUUUGCUUCCUUGCUUCGUAAUUCCAAAUUUAUUGACUUGGGAGAUCCCGAAGGAAAGCUAGUAACUGGCAAGAUAUUUCACGUGGUUGGUGAUGAUUUGUACAUUGAUUUUGGAUGGAAAUUUUAUUGUGUUUGCAAAAAACCUGCAAAAAACGGACAAUAUUAUGUGAGAAGAGCUACGGUUAAUCUGAGAAUAAAGGAGUUAGAGCUCUCUUCCAAGUUCUUAGGUGCCGAUACAGAAAUAACUCUUUUGGAAGCUGAUUGCACGCUGAUGCGUUUAAUAUACUCGCCAGUACAAGCAGCGGAACGAAGAACAAGCAGAGCAAGAAUACGAAAUAUUUAAUAUUUAUGCUAAAUAAAACUUAAUGUAAUCUCUGUAUAUAUCACAGCUGUGUGUAAGUAACUCUAGUCUAAUUUGUUUUUCCAGCAAUUACAUUUCAAAGUAACAAAUUUCUAUUUGUAUAGCAAUCACAUGUGGACUGAUUUAGAUGAUGAGAAAACCGUGUUUCAAAUUAAAAACUAUUAUAUCGGAUGAACGUUUAUAAUUUGUAAUAUCGAUGAAAAUUUAUAUAU